AUGAACAAUAUGGAGAGGCACAAAGUCAUCAUUGCUGAAUUGUUGCUUUCCUUGGAUGACGAUCUGAAAAGAACAGAGUGUCUUUCCAGACUAGAAGGACUGUGGCUGGAAAAGUUGCGACUCAUCGAGAUGUUGAAGAGCACGAUCAGGUCAAAGGAGUCGACAUUGUGCGAUUUCGUGCAAUGGACAGCAGAUGCCAAACAGCGAAUGGCCGUCAUAGAUCGGCGACUAGUCGACGUAGAGCGACAGACCCUCAAGUGUCCUCGGGGUCAAGUGUUUGAGCACAAAUCCGAGGACCCCACCACCAUGAACUUCACGGGACAGUGGAAGACUCGAAUUUCUGAUUUGACAGACCAACUGCAACAUCAAAAAGAGCUUGUGGCCACUCUAUCUACCAAAUUGACCACGAGAAACCACAUCAUUGGCGAGCACAAGGCACUAGAGAAGUUGUUGAGACUGGAAGUGAAGUCCAUGUUGAAAGAACGUAAGGAACAUGCUGAGACAGACGCAGAAGAGCUCGAUGAAUGGACAGAAUACCUAGAGGUGUAUCUCGAAGAUCACAAGGUCGAGUGGGAAAGAGAGAAGGAGCAACUUGAGACGGCUCUCUCCGAAAUACGAACCAAGUUUGAUACUGCUCAAGUUCAGUGGGAACAAGACCGACAAAAUCUCGUCGACAAUCACCGUGAGGAUCGAGCCAGAUGGAAGAAAUCAUACGCUUCUCUGUGGGGAAACGAAACCCAACUCCUUCAGGCGUUUCAUAGUGAUGAAAGGUCCAAAUGGGCAGCCGACAGAGCUAGUUGGGCGGCGUCGAAUGAAGAACUAUCAGUCCAAGUUGAUGAGCUGAAGAAGGAACGUGACUCAUUCAAAAAGAAACACAAAAAGUGUCUAAAGCAUCAUAAGAAACAAAAGCCAGCUGACAGUCCGUGUCAUCUUUCAAUGAAAAGUACCCCGGCCACCAACACCUUCCCCCAGUCACUGAUUAGAGCAUUUGGUGAACUUGAUCUCAACAAGACCACCCCUCCCGCGUCUCCCAGGAGCUGA